AAAGAAGAGGUUAUCUGAUGCUGCAAAUCCAAGCGCCACCAAACAAUGAUCCACAGUGAGGAACCAUAUGGCCUUCUGGUCGUCUGCGUUAUGUAUACUAGAGCUAGAUCGUGUCGUGUUAAAUAUCUGCCUUUUUAUUGGCCGAAGCUCACCGUCCGGUCCCUCUCCAAGCUACCUAGCGAGGAUGAUGGGGUUGUGUCCGCACUUCAAGCGGCGGUUCAAUGGAACAUACAGUGUCUUGCGGUAGAGCCAUUCACCCGCAGAACACUAGACUUUUCCAAAUGCAAUGUUCAAAAGACUUUGCCCCGCACAUGUUGGCGAUAUAGGCUCUCAUUGACAGGCACCGUUGGGUUUGGAUAUCAGGGCCAAGAUUGCCAAAACCACGUGGGGUGAUUUCCGGUACAAUUUCCACGAUGGAUGAAUUGAAGGCUACGACACUCUGUCUACAAUCAUGAAUAGGACCUACAAGUCAACCAUGGCCCGAGUGUCGAUAUUACUCAAUUUUAGCACUCUGGCGGGGCCAUAUCUGGAACCAACACGGGCCACGGUGCGCUAAUAAUGCAACAGGGGAACCUGACCCCCAUGUGUGUGGUCUUGAUAGGACCGCGGUUAUCAGGUUCUAUUGUUAUCGAGAGGCGCGUAGAUGAGGGGUCAGAACUACACCUGUGCCCCUCCCCAAUAUAUACACUGUUGAGGGAGAACGCUGUAUCUCUUUUCUCAUCUCAUUCCUGUUAGAUCUCAACCGAUUUCUCCAGAGACAUCAAGCAUGUCUACAGUGGCAUCCUUCUCUGACUCCGGCUGCAAUGGCUGGGGUCUUCCUCACCUACAGACUGCAGUUGCUGCAGUGUUUGUCGUCGCCGUUGUUUCUUCCGUGCUUCUGUUUGUUUUGCGCAAACCAAAGCUGAAACACGAUAGCACUAUCUACACCUAUCUAAAGUUCUUCUAUGCAAGUUUUGUGAAGCCACAUGAAUCCUACGGCGAAGGCGGCCAGCAGCUUGCUCUGGAGAGUUUCUACAAGACUCAGGUAUGGGGGGGACUUCACCGCCCCCAUUGCUUUGCUUUCGUGUAUCUCAAUUGUGCAAUAGGCUGCGGUAUACGAUGCAACUCGGAAACGACUCCUUCGAGGCCGUGAGGAUAUGCUGGGCCUAUUAGCAGCGCAAUUGAAGUACAAGCAGGGAAAGAAACAGAGGCAAUCACAGAAGCCGAUAUGGGUUGAUGUCGGUGGAGGUACCGGAUACAAUAUCGAGGCAAUGGCAGCUUUUCUUCCCGUGGAAUCCUUUUUUGCUCACGUCUACCUCGUCGACCUCUCACCCUCACUAUGCGAGAUCGCUCGUCAGAGAUUCACACGACUUGGCUGGAAGAAUGUUUCCGUUGUCUGCCAAGAUGCGCGGGAGUUUCGCCUUCCGAACCGCACAGGUGAUGAGCUUGUCAAUUCUGAUAGCAAGUCACAUCCAGAAAAAACUAGCAAGGCGGAUCUAGUGACAAUGAGCUACAGCCUGUCGAUGAUACCCGAUUAUUACAGUGUUGUGGACUCUUCUACAUCUUUAUUGAGCCCCUCCGGAACCAUUGGCGUAUGCGACUUUUAUGGUACGUUGCUAAAACCACAAGUCAUACACUCGGUUUUUAAUAGUUGGCUAGUGCAAAGCAUCGUCGACCUGACGUCUCGAAACUACACUGGUGGAGUAUUCAAUCGACAUGUAAACUGGGUCGGAAGAGCAUUUUGGCGAGCGUGGUUUGAUGCAGAUCGCGUUGGACUAGACGGUGCUCGCAGGGAUUAUCUCGAAUAUCGAUUUGGCACAGUGAUAUCGGCUAGCGCAAGGAACUAUCUUCUCGGUGGUAUUCCAUACUAUAUUUUCAUCGGAUGCCAAAAGGAAAUAUAUGACAACCAGCCAAACCCUAGCAGCAAAGAAAUAGUUGAGAAACUCGAUGCAGCCUACACAGAAUCCCCUUACCUUUCUCCGGCAAAGCGCCGCCAAGAAGUGUCGAAAGCAAUGGAGCGGCAGGUUGCUGAAAUCAGAUCCAAAGCUUACGAAUCGGCCGUCAUCAACCUAAGUGCGAAUUUGCCCCUGCCUUCCUCAUUCUAUCAAAACCACCACUGGCGGAUAUAUUAUAACGAAAUGUUAACCAAACACACCCAAUUCGGGAAUGAAUAUAUCUACGCAUUCACGUGGGAGGAUCCGCGCGUGGACCAUCGUUUAUUAAAUAUUGGCAGUGACGAUAUUAUCCUGGCAAUAACGAGUGCGGGGGACAACAUCCUCGACUAUUUACAAUAUAACCCCCGAAGAGUACACGCGGUCGACCUUAAUCCUACCCAAAACCACCUGCUUGAGUUGAAGGUGGCGAGUUAUACCGCGCUGGGUUACCGCGAUUUCUGGAAGAUAUUUGGAGAGGGCAAACAUCCUAACUUCAGAGAAUUGCUGGUUUCGCAUCUCAGCCCUCACUUGUCUAGCCAUGCAUUCCAAUACUGGUUGGAUCACUCCGAUACUAUUAGCUCACAGUCUGGUGUGGGCCUAUAUGAGACUGGAGGUUCUAGAUACGCUCUAAAGAUGGUCCGUUGCCUAUUUACAAUUUUCGGACUUUCAGGGGAAGUGAAGAAGCUCUGCGAAGCGCAAACAUUGGAAGAACAGCGCCAGAUAUGGCCCCGAAUCCGCCGUGUUUUAAUGAGUAAGCCACUACAUUGGGGCGUGGUUUGUACAGAAUGGUUCGCAUGGAAAGCUGCUGGAGUUCCGGCUGCGCAGAGGAACAUGAUAAUCACUGAUUUUCUGGAGCGAAGCGGGCUCGCUGGGGGUGUGAAAAAGGAUACCGAAGUUAGCGGCAAGGCUAUCUGGGAAUAUGUUGUAAAUACCUUGGAUCCCGUUGUCAAGGACACUCUGAUUAGCAACGAUAACUACUUCUAUUACCUUUGCCUACAAGGGCGAUAUUCGAGAAGAUGCCAUCCGAGUUACCUAACUCCCAAAGCUCACGUGAAGCUCUCUACACCAAAUGCCUUUGAUGGGCUUCGAAUCCACACUGACGAGAUCAACGAGGUAAUUGAGAGAAUCACACCAGGAACUCUAACGAUCGCGGUGGUGAUGGACUCAAUGGAUUGGUUCGAUCCGGCAAAAGAGGAUGCGUCGAAGCAGGCACAGGCUCUCAAUAACUCCCUGAAAAUGGGUGGCCGAAUCCUACUUCGCUCAGCCUCGAUUCAACCUUGGUAUAUCAAGAAUUUCGAAGAGAAUGGCUUCACUGCACGACGCGUUGGUGCUAGAUUUCCUGGCUCGUGCAUUGAUCGAGUAAAUAUGUAUGCGUCAACGUGGAUAUGUAAGAAGACUAAGGAGAUAUCAGUUCCCUAUCCCAUCUCAUGUACCACCUCACCCUUGACGCUGGAGAGGACGAAUUCCUCGUCGACUAGCAUGGAUGAUCUUGAGAUUUAGACGUGAUGGCAGUCUCGAAAUCUCAGAAGAUGAAGUUUUCUUAAUGAUUGAUGGAGGGAUUCGAUAUUCCCCCCCUCACCGACAAAUCUCGUUUUAUGGCUUUUGAGCUAGUUUCUUUUAUUGAAUGGAGGUCCGUCGACUUAAUUUUCCAUUUCCAACUUAAUUACCUCGCAUCGGCUUGGCCAGACUGAUUUGGCACCUUUUUUUUACUCUGGGUUCUUGUUUUCUCGGUCUCAUAUAUGCAUGAAUCUAUUGCAUAUUACAAUCUUGUUUUAUUGGAGGCAGGGCAGUUGGUUGCUGGUUGCCCCUAUAUAUACGUCCCAUUCAAGAUCGUUCGACUUAACUUCAGACGACAUGCCAAUAUUGCCGUUCCCCGCCGAGGCUAUGUUCAUCUUGAAAAGUAAUUAUUUGAUAUCUUGGACCAAUGUACUAAAUGAGCUAACAGUAUUUAACUUAAUUGGUGCUUCAACCCUGGGCAUUGCUUAGUGACCUUAUUGCCCUAGUAACCUCUGAACUGCUCUCAACACCGAUGAGGAAAAUUAUUAGGACACUCUCAAUCUCCCAACUAGGAUAGGGAGAUUACUCAACGAUACUGUGUAUUUUAUGUGAGAUCAGGCAUUCGGGAAGAAUCAAGUGUCUCAAACAAUAACAUCCCCCUUCCUUUGGUGUGAUAGUAUAGAAUAGUGGCGCUUACCAGCGGCGGAUGGGAGGGGGAACGGGUGUCAGAGUAUCCAUGUCACAACUUUUUACAUCUUCUACCCUUAUUAAACAUUCACUACUACCUGUAAUAUCCCAC